AAACGCUUGUCAAAAACUCCGCUUAUGGCCCCUGGCAAAAGGCGUUCAGCUCGGGCCAAUGGUAGUUCUACUCGUUCUACUUCACCAUCGGAUACGGAAGGACAUGAAGUAAACAAGAAAUCGUCUAAAGCUACCGAGGAAACAUGCCCUGCUUGUACACAGGACCAACAACUCCAAGACACAGAGGAAUGGGCAAUGUGCGGCUUGUGCAAGGUCUGGUAUCACUGGCGUUGUGUUGGAAAUGGAGAGGAACUCAGUACUAUUGAUAAAUGGUUUUGCAAACCUUGUUUGGAGAAGGAGCCUCGACGCACGAUUACUUAUAAAGCACCCACUCGAAAAUCAGAAAGGAAGAAAGCUACAAGAGAUUAUGCCAACAUUGAAUUAGGCAUACCGUCUGAUCCGAACAGGUGGAUGCACAUGAUGGAAGGAAAGCCGAUGAAGGAGGACUACUUCAAGAGAAUGAAGGGUGGUGAUGUGGGGCUGGAAUGGUUGGCGGAAGAUGAAUAUGCUAUGACAGAGCCAUUUGUCAUUGACAAUCCCGCAGGACUGGGUAUGAAGAUGCCCGAGAACUUUGGUGUUGAAGACGUUGCAUUGCUUGUCGGGGAGAACUCGCCCCUCGAAGUCAUCGAUGUCGCUUCACAAUCCAGUGUCAGUGGCUGGACACUAGGAAAGUGGGUCGAGUAUUUCAACCUGGAACCCAGCAAACGAGAGAAGAUCUUGAACGUUAUAUCGUUAGAGAUAUCUGGAACUCUUCUUGCGAACAGGAUAUUACCACCACGUCUAGUGCGAGAGAUCGAUUGGGUGGAGAAUUAUUGGCCGAGCACGAAGAAGGGCAAGGGUCAUUCAUACCCCAAGGUUCAGUUGUACUGCCUGAUGGGAGUGGAAGGUGCUUGGACGGAUUGGCAUAUAGACUUCGCGGGAUCAUCUGUGUAUUAUCACAUAAUGGAGGGAUCCAAAGUAUUCUACUUUAUAAAGCCAACAGCUUCCAAUUUAGCGGCCUAUGAACGUUGGUCGGGAACAGACAUUCAAAAUCAGACUUGGCUAGGUGAUAUGGUCGACGAAGUCAUCAAAGUAACUCUUCGUGAGGGCAACACGAUGAUUAUACCAGCCGGAUGGAUACACGCCGUGCACACGCCGGUCGACACUCUGGUAUUUGGCGGAAACUUUCUUCACUCAUAUAGCGUUGCUACUCAACUGCGAGUACGGGACAUCGAGUUCAGAACUCAAGUGCCCAAGAAAUUUCGCUUCCCGCUUUUCACAAAGCUGUGUUGGUAUGUCGGUGACAAAAUCCUGAAAGACCUCAAAGCCUCUGGAGCUUCGGCUUUCUCGACUAGGGUCUUGACCUCCAUGGUGGCACUGGCAGACUUCCUGGUUUCUGAGACAAGAAUUUUGGAGCGGGGCUCGGAAAAUGCAAAAAAGGAAUCGAAAGAACAAGUGCCACAUGACAGGAUCAAGGACGCGCCCGCGAUGGCUAGAGAGUUGAGAUGGAGGGUGCAUCAUGCCCUCAACGGCUCAAGUGAAGAUGAAGGAAGUGAUAAUGGAGGCACUGCCCCCUACAACGGGGUUCGUAAGCGAAAGAGAGCUCACUCGGAAAGUUCUGCAGAACCUACUCCUCCCCCGAAAUUCAAGAAUUUCAAGCCGAAACGGUGGGACUCUAUAACGGAUGCGGUUUCAGUCCCUCAAAAACGGACGAUACAUGCCGUCAAGCCGCAAACGGAUGGGGAUGAAUGGAUAAAGAAGUGGUCUGAAUGGAAGGACUUGGAGGCCGGGGUUGACUCCAAAGGCGACGAGCCUGAGGCGGACGUGAACAUACACGAGCACGUGUUGACGAAAUUGAGGAAAACAGCGAAUGGACUGCAAAGAGAGCGAAUACAACGCGUCGUAGAGGAAUGGAAGUGGGUCACCUAAGCACAUAAUCUCUUAUACUGCCUCUUUGUUGGCAUCGAGUAGCCAAUCAACUCAUUCACACAA